AUGGAAGAAUCUACCACGGACCAGCCGUCUCAGCUCACCUCCUCCCCGGUAGACCUAUGGUUGCUCGCUAUCUUCGGUGGCAAUUUGGGCCUACUGUUGGCCUGGAUCUUCUCUUCAAGGGAUGGACAUUUCAGAAUAGCCCUCAAAUGGUGUGCCAUCUCCUCCACUUUGUUGGCGACAGCGUUCUUCUACGGUUCCAAGCCCCGGAUAUUUCAAGCUCUUGCGCCUUUCCAGGUCGUAAGAUCCUGGAACUCCCAUUUCCUUGAGAUAUCAGGAACUCCUAUGACUCCAGUCGGAGGAGGCACCGGCCAGAUUCCCAACCGAGACGAAGGGAGUCUGAGCGUGUAUGGGAUGGGGAAGUUCGACUUCCACUCUAGAGAGUUCAUGAGCAAGGUCCCGUACAUUCUUCUCAACCUGCAGAGGGUAAUCCCUUGCCCCAACCUCCCCCCCGACGCCGGCCCCACCCAAGUGCCGCCUGAGGUCCAGGCCCAGCUGGACUGGAUGGAAGCCCUGCUCACCUCCCAAGCGGAGGCUUCCACUAUCAUCCCCGACUUUACGGAUACCACUCCCGUCUAUCCCCGUCAUCCUGCCCGAAGAUCCAGCCUGCCCGCCGCCAACAAGACCCGCUUCCAAGUCCCCGUGGAAGCUGCAUUCAACUGCAGCUCAUCGGAGAAGCUGUCCCUCGGUGUCGUGGUCAGAAUCGCGGAGACGGAGAAGGCGAAGGAGCUGGAGAAGGGGGAUUGGAUACGGUUGGAGGAGAAGAAGGGCUUGACGAAGAUUGCCGGGGCGGAGAAGGCCGGUGCUAUCAAGCCUCCCUCUCGCAAGUUCGAAUCAAGACCUUCGUACGUGCCGUGA